AUGCCUCCAGAUCCACUAUUUAUCUCACUUGGGGCAGCUUCCUCAACAGAUCGUUUGAUCGAUACUGUUGAUAAACGUACACCUAUUACAACCGAUUCAGGCAUGUGGACAACUAAUAUUGGAUCAAAAGACAAACCGUCAAAUCAAAAACUACUGCCAUCAUCACCACUAUCAACAUCACCCUUGGCUCCCUCUUCGCCAUAUUCAUAUUCAUACUCAUCAUUAAAUGACAAACGUAUAAAAAGAUCAGCAACAGAAAGACUGGCCAUCAUGUCUCGCACAGCACUGUCGCUAGCCUUGUCUUGUCCACUGCUUCUUGUACUCUUGACCAUCUCACUCUACAAGACCAUCCAUAGAGCUUACUUUGUUGAAUCGGCCAUAGACGAUGAUGAGCCAGAAGAAAAUCAACCAAAAGAAGACAUCAUACCUGACGAGAUCUAUUACGCCUCCAGGUGGGGAUACGACAGCACUCUGCACCAGGUUGUUACAAAAGACGGGUAUAUUCUAUCCAUGUAUCGAGUCAGCAAAAAAGGAGUCAAUCCAAUAGACAAACCACCGGUUUUAGUUGUUCACGGUCUCUUUCAAUGCUCGGGUGCAUUUGUACUUAAUGAAGAACAAUCCUUGGCAUUUGCAUUGGUUGAUCAAGGAUAUGAUGUCUGGCUAGGUAAUAAUCGAUCUACGGGUGGACUGGAUCAUGUUUCGAUGUCCCAUAAGGAUCCCGAAUACUGGAAUUGGGGUCUCAAAGAACUCGGGAUCUACGAUUGUGUUGGAAUGGUAAAUUAUGUCAGGCAGACAACUGGCCAGCCAAAGGUUGGUUACAUUGGACAUUCUCAAGGUAAUGCCCAGGCAUUUAUUGCACUCUCUUUACAACCAGAGAUGUCCGAUUGUCUCAGUUGUUUUAUUGCCUUGGCCCCAGCUGUUUAUUCAGGCGAUCUUGUCAGAUCCUACCCUCUCAAAUAUUUGGUCGAUCUAGAUGACCAAGCUUUUACUGUAUUAUUUGGCAACGGAUGCUUUCUUCCAAUCAUGAAUCUCUCCCAAGCACUGUGUAAUCCCAAAUUAUUCUGUUUCUUGGCCUACAGCAUGUUUUCUUACUUGUUUGCCUGGUGGGACAGUAACUGGAUUUCUCGUCGCAAGCCAAAAUAUUUUCAAUUCACUCCACGCCCUGUCAGUUCACAGCUCAUUCUGGAUUGGAUGCAUGGUUGGGGAAAACGUGGGCUAUUGUUGCACAUCCCCGACAACAGUAUGUCAUUACAAUCACCACCACUGCAACUUUUACCUGAUUCAUUACAGCAGCAGCAAAGCCAUUAUCAUCAUGAGGAACAAUAUGAAGAAGAAUAUGAUAAAGGCUCGGAACAUAAUGUUUCCAAAAAGAUUCCUUUGGCUGUAUUCUAUGGUACGGCUGAUUAUCUUGUCGAUGGUGAAAAACUGGUUCGUAAAUUGCAAAAGAAUCACAAACAAGCAAACCUUGGAAAAUCCACAGACCCAUCGAUAUUUCUUCCGAUGCUUGAACUUGUGCACGUGGAACGAAUAGAUGAUUAUGAGCACAUGGAUACUAUCUGGGGCCAUGACAACCACAUAACCACGUACCCAGGAAUUUUUCAGAUGUUGGCUACUGCUGAAUGGCAUGUCUAA